AUGAACACAAAGAAACAAAAUUGGAAAAUAAAUUCAGCAAUCUUCAGCAUUGAACAUGAAUGUCAGGUGAGGGUUCUGUGGUUUUCAAAUUGCUUUUCUAUUGUUUAUGCCCGGCCUCCGGAUGAAACAAUAAAAAAAAAUGGAAACAAGGUCUCCUUUGUGCCGCAAUUUUUGAAAUUGGAAAAAAUGUUUGAAAUCAGGGAGAAAUCCUUAAAUAUGCUUUUGAAUCUUCUACAAGAAUAUGCUGGUUGA